AUGGCACCAGGGCCGCACCACUCACAUUCAGGUAAUUAUGUUGACAUUCCCACCGACCAUCAAACACAUCCGUGUGGUAUUACUCCAGUUAUGAGGUCAUUGGACUCGAGCAGAAGUGCUGAAGGGGCGGGGGAAAUUAUACAGAGUGAAAAUCCUAGACAUAUUUCGAUGAGUCUGAUUCAUGAGAGUAAUAGGGCAGUUGAUGAUGAGACUGAUGACUACCUAGUAGACCAUCCAGAGGUUGCGGAUGAGGGUGAGGGUGAGGAUGAGGAUGAGAAUGAUGACGAUGCUGUUGAUGAGGAUCCAGCACCCAGUGCAGGUAUGGCCACAAGUGAAAAAGGUAAAUGUUACAACCUUAGAGCUGAUCUUCCACGUCGGAGUGUGAAUCGGUAUACACCAUCCGCUUUUAAUAAGAUUGCCAAGAAGUGUAGAAAGUUAUACAAACAUAUGAAGUGGGCACCGAGAAAAUAA